AUGAUGUUUGAAGAUCUUCCGCCAGAGAUACUUCAUCUAGUUUCACACCAUCUCAAUAAUAAUGAUAUAUUUCAUCUGAUAUGUUUAUCACGUCGACUCUACACCAUCAUACAGCAAAACCUCUAUGCUGAGGUGUUUCUUUGCGGACGGAAUCAUUCAUCUCAACAAGUCGUGACCUUUCUUUAUGCUGUGACCCGAGACCCGAGACUGGCUAGCUAUGUUCGGUGCUUGUGGCUGGGGGAUUGGGAUUGCGGAGAUGGCAUCAUCCAUUUGGACAAAGCCGAGUUGGAUAGUGGCUAUCUACUCAAACUUGUCUCCGAAAGAACCGGAUACUCAGAAGAAGAAAGGUCUAAGUGGCUAAAAGAUCUUGAAAAAGGUGAUGAUUGCGAUCCUUGGCUGGCUUUGCUCAUCCUGCAAUUGAAGGAUCUCCGCAAAAUUCUAAUCAACUGGGCGUAUGAUGCAAAAUACGUUUUGGAUAUGUUGCGAAAAGCCGCCAGAGAACAAGAGCCAGUCUUUCGUCAUCUCGAAGAGGUCUAUGCGACCUGGUGGGAUGAUACUGAGGGCUCAAUUCCGUCCCACCGAAUGACUUCAUUUUUCAGUUUCCCGUCAGUGCGAAAGGUUGGAUGUUGUUGUCUGGGGGAGGACUACGACAGCGAUGAUGAUGAGUAUGAUUCGGAUAACUACGAUUCGGACGACUCUAUUCACCUGAGGCUAGAAGUUCCCUUGCCGCAGAGCUCGAAUAUAACCCAUCUCGACCUGGCAAACUCCAAUGCCGGAAACGGAAUGCGAGACUGGGUUCAGGCAUGCAAAGUAUUGAAGUCAUUCCGGUUGAUUCACCACGGAACAUUGGGCCGUGGGAGACUCUACGAAUCACUUUCACUUCACAAGACGACACUGGAGUCUGUCUGGGCCGAGCCUGAUGAGGGUGUUUACAUAGAGGAACAAGACGAUUGGAUGGGGAGCUUCGCUGAUUUUCCCGUUUUGAAGACCAUAUGUCUCCUCGUGCCCAAUCUUGUGGGAUUUGAUGAGAAUAAGCGUCCUAUGCGAAAACUUUUAGAUGUCCUCCCUCACUCGCUAGAGACACUAUAUCUUAUCAUUAAUAGGGAAGGUAAUGGGCUCCUAGAUGCGAUGGAGCAGUUGGUAGAGCUGGCUAGUGCAGAAAAAUUUCCUAACUUGGCAGCAAUACAUAUUGAAGCGCGCGGGAUCCAAAGCCCAAAGAGUCAUUCAAAGCUUCAAGGGACGAAACGGGCGUGCGAGGAGGCCGGGAAAUCAUUCUUUAUUCAUGGUGGUGAAGGGUUUUUUACCUACUGUGAUAAACCUACCUCGUGGGUAUUCGGUCCUGUUAAUGAGGCAACCCUUCUGGGCUACUACUAG